UUGUAAAUAGCCAGGAAUGGACACUGAGCCGAUCUGUACCAGAGCUGAAAGUGGGGAUUGUGGGUAACUUGGCGAGUGGCAAGUCUGCCCUUGUACACCGGUACUUGACCGGGACCUAUGUCCAGGAGGAAUCGCCUGAAGGUGGGAGAUUCAAGAAGGAGAUAGUGGUGGAUGGACAGAGCUACCUGCUGCUGAUCAGAGAUGAAGGAGGUCCUCCAGAGGCACAGUUUGCCAUGUGGGUGGAUGCUGUUAUAUUUGUCUUCAGCUUGGAAGAUGAAGUCAGCUUCCAGACUGUUUACCACUACUACAGCCGUAUGGCCAACUAUCGCAACACUAGUGAAAUCCCAAUGGUACUGGUGGGAACGCAGGAUGCUAUUAGCUCCACCAACCCUCGCGUCAUUGACGAUGCCAGAGCAAGGAAGCUGUCGAAUGACCUCAAGAGAUGCACUUACUACGAAACCUGUGCCACUUAUGGGCUCAACGUGGAAAGAGUCUUCCAUGACGUUGCUCAGAAGAUCGUUUCAACAAAGAAGAAACAGCAGCUCUCAAUUGGACCCUGCAAAUCUCUACCCAACUCUCCAAGCCACUCCUCUGUGUGUUCUGCCCAGGUUUCUGCCGUACAUAUCAGCCAGACCAGUAAUGGAGGAGGGAGUUUAAGUGAUUAUUCCUCCUCUGUCCCAUCAACUCCAAGCACCAGCCAGAAGGAGCUACGGAUUGAUGUUCCUCCCACUGCCAACACACCAACUCCUGUCCGUAAACAGUCCAAGCGCCGAUCCAACCUCUUCACGUCUCGGAAAGGGAGUGACCCAGACAAAGAGAAGAAGGUCCUGGAGAGCAGAACAGACAGCAUUGGCAGCGGCCGCGCAAUCCCAAUUAAACAGGGUAUGCUGCUAAAGCGAAGUGGCAAGUCCUUGAACAAAGAGUGGAAGAAGAAAUAUGUGACGUUGUGUGACAACGGCGUGCUGACCUACCACCCCAGUUUACAUGAUUAUAUGCAGAAUGUUCAUGGGAAAGAAAUCGACUUGCUGAGAACCACUGUGAAGGUCCCUGGGAAGAGACCACCCCGAGCUACGUCAGCUUGUGCACCCAUUUCCAGUCCUAAAACCAACGGCCUCACUAAGGACAUGAGCAGUUUACACAUCUCGCCAAAUUCAGAUACAGGCUUGGGAGAUUCCGUGUGUUCCAGUCCCAGCAUAUCCAGUAGGACGAGCCCCAAGUUCGAUCCCCCUCCGUCACCUCACGCCAACAGAAAGAAGCACCGCAGGAAGAAAAGCACAAGCAACUUCAAAGCUGAUGGGAUCUCGGGCACAGCUGAAGAAGAAAACUUCGAGUUCAUCAUCGUCUCUCUCACUGGCCAGACAUGGCACUUUGAAGCCACCACCUAUGAAGAAAGAGAUGCAUGGGUCCAAGCCAUAGAGAGUCAGAUCUUGGCCAGUUUACAGUCGUGUGAGAGCAGCAAGAACAAGUCCCGCCUGACGAGCCAGAAUGAGGCCAUGGCCCUUCAGUCCAUAAGAAACAUCAGAGGCAAUUCCCACUGCGUGGACUGUGAAUCACAGAACCCCGACUGGGCCAGCUUGAAUCUUGGAGCCCUCAUAUGUAUCGAAUGCUCAGGUAUACACCGAAACCUUGGCACACAUCUGUCCCGGGUACGCUCCCUGGACCUGGACGACUGGCCUAUAGAGCUCAUCAAGGUGAUGUCUGCCAUCGGGAACGAGCUGGCCAACAGCGUCUGGGAGGAGAACAGCCAAGGCCACAUGAAACCUUCAUCAGACUCCACAAGGGAAGAAAAAGAGCUCUGGAUACGUGCAAAAUAUGAGCAGAAGCUCUUCCUUGCCCCGCUGCAGUGCCUGGAGCUUUCUCUGGGCCAGCAUCUCCUGAGGGCUACAGCCGAAGAGGACUUGCGAAUGGUCAUCCUGCUCCUUGCCCAUGGGACUCGGGAAGAGGUGAAUGAGACUUGCGGAGACGGUGACGGACGCACUGCCCUCCACUUGGCGUGCCGGAAGGGAAAUGUGGUGUUAGUGCAGCUCUUGAUUUGGUAUGGCGUGGAUGUGAUGGCACGUGACGCCCACGGGAACACAGCCCUGGCCUAUGCCCGGCAGGCUUCCAGCCAGGAGUGCAUCGACGUUCUCCUCCAGUAUGGCUGCCCCGACGAGCGCUUCGUCCUCAUGGCCACUCCAAACCUGUCCAGGAAGAACAACAACCGGAAUAACAGCGGCGGAAGCAUGUCCAUCAUCAUCUGA